CGCUAAAAGUUGGUGUUUGGACAACGCCUCAAAACUUGGAAUCUCUUUUGUGAUCUUUUUGUACCUUUUUUUCCCACGGCAUUCAUUGAUAGUUUUCUUACAUAAAAAAAUGUUUAUCGUGUACUAAAUUAAUUGCAAUAAUUGAUAGGUCACUUGAGAGUGCAAAAUGAUUCAUUAAACAGUCAAGUUUUGUUCUUGGAAUUCUCGUACUUUUAGUAAUUCUCUCGUGAUAUCACCCCAUUCACAAUCUACUAAAGUUCUUUGCUCAAAGUUUUCUUUUAUUUUCACCAAAUUUUCGUGGAUUCUGAACAAGUUUCAUUCACCGUGCAAGAGAGCCACAAGUAUGUCCAAGAAACCAGCAAAUGGCCCGGCACUUCACAAAGUGAUCAUGGUGGGAAGUGGGGGUGUUGGGAAGUCAGCACUCACCCUCCAAUUUAUGUACGACGAAUUCGUUGAGGACUAUGAACCCACAAAGGCGGAUAGUUACAGAAAAAAGGUUGUUUUGGACGGCGAAGAAGUACAAAUUGAUAUACUAGAUACCGCCGGUCAGGAGGAUUAUGCUGCCAUACGGGAUAACUACUUCCGAAGUGGCGAAGGAUUCCUCUGUGUGUUUUCCAUAACAGACGACGAGAGCUUUCAGGCAACUCAGGAAUUUCGUGAACAGAUACUUCGCGUUAAGAACGACGAGAGUAUACCGUUCCUUUUGGUUGGCAAUAAGUGUGAUUUAAAUGAUAAGCGUAAAGUGCCACUCACAGAAUGCAAGGGACGAGCACAGCAAUGGGGUGUUCCGUAUGUGGAGACUUCCGCCAAGACACGAGAGAAUGUCGAUAAGGUGUUUUUUGAUCUGAUGCGUGAAAUUCGGUCGCGAAAAACGGAAGACUCAAAAACAACUAGUGGGAGAGCCAAAGAUAAAUGCAAAAGGCGGAAACUAAAGUGUACACUAAUAUAGAUAUAUCUUCAAUACUCUCAUCCAGGAAAUUGCAACUCGAAAAAAAAGUCAGACGGUCACACAACAGCCGACAAAAACCAAAACUCACUGCUGCCAAUUGAUCUAAACAAAAAAAGUUCGAUUUGUAAUAAGAUUAAAACAAAAGAUAAAGAUUUGAAUUUUGAAAGCAAAAAGAGAGAAAAGAGAAGCUCGAAAGAUCAAACAAAUUUAAUAAAAUAAAUAUUUUCACACCAUUUAGGACAGGAAAAGGAACAUCGCAGAUGGAUAUUGAAACUUAUUUUACGAUGCGCAGUGUCUCCAGUGUCUCAUAUUUAUCAUUUACAAGUAUAUAAUAAACAUACCCCCACUAUUUUA